AAUCAUGCGUCAACGUUACCACGCAGAGCUAGGGUUUGGUGAGUAACACUCCCAAAGCGCCGAAGCUCAGUUUCUGCAAACAUGGCGACGCAGAUGAGCAAGAAGCGAAAGUUUGUGGCUGAUGGAGUCUUCUUCGCGGAGCUGAAUGAGGUGUUGACCAGAGAACUUGCUGAGGAUGGAUACUCGGGCGUCGAAGUUAGGGUUACUCCGAUGCGCACGGAGAUUAUCAUUCGUGCCACUCGCACUCAGAAUGUUCUCGGUGAAAAGGGAAAAAGGAUCAGGGAGCUGACUUCAGUGGUUCAGAAGAGGUUUAAAUUUCCUGAAAACAGUGUGGAGCUUUAUGCUGAGAAAGUUAACAAUAGGGGCCUCUGUGCCAUUGCUCAGGCAGAGUCACUGCGAUACAAGCUUCUUGGAGGACUUGCUGUUCGGAGGGCUUGCUAUGGUGUUCUGAGGUUUGUUAUGGAAAGUGGGGCGAAAGGAUGUGAGGUUAUUGUGAGUGGGAAGCUCCGUGCUCAGCGUGCCAAGUCAAUGAAGUUUAAGGAUGGGUACAUGAUCUCCUCUGGUCAACCUGUUAAGGAUUACAUUGACUCAGCUGUGAGGCAUGUUCUCCUCAGACAGGGCGUCCUUGGUAUCAAGGUCAAGAUCAUGCUCGACUGGGAUCCCAAGGGCAAGCAGGGCCCCACAACACCAUUGCCUGAUCUGGUGACUAUUCACACACCCAAGGAAGAAGAAGAGUAUGUUCCCCCAGUGCUCACAACCAAUAUUGAGGUUCCCCCAAUCGUAGUAUAAAACCUGAGUUGGGUUCUUUCAAGUCUGGAAUGAUAGGUUGCUUUAUCUUUUAGUGUAGUAGCCUAACCUUCCGUUUUCCGAGCAAUAGAACAAUAGCCACCCCUUUUUGAGACUUAAAACCUUGCGGAUAUCUUCAGUACAUCACUUGUUCUCCAUGCUAUUUAAGCUUCUUUUUUUCUUACAUUACAGAAUUUGAUGAAAAAAUGUUUGGUUUGAAUCUGAUGGUGCCCGAUCAGCACUGAGGUUUCUGGGUUAGUUGAUCACAACUUGUUGCAUUACCUAUAAUAUCAAACACAAGUGGCAAAUUGUUGGAUGUUGUCAGUUGUUUUAUUAUCACCAUUGAGUCAUUGAGUCAUUGAGUCAUGCUCCAGUGAUAUAUAUUCUAAUAUGGCGAUUUGAACAGCCAAUAUUGCAUGUGCAUGCUCCGAUUAUGAAGCUCAAAAUGCGUGAUGUGCUCAUUCUUUGUAAAAGGGAAAAUAAUAGUUGAGAGGAUCAAUCCCCACCCACCACUGAAUUGGUGGUAUUGUGGUGCCACCAAGGGACUGUUGCCCAGACAAAGUUGUGUUAUGGGCAUCGUUUGAAGUGAUGUCGACUCGCAUUUGUGGUAAACGCACAAUCUAUUGUGGUGAACAUGAUUGUAAUGAAUUCUUGGGAUAAUGCUUCCCUGUUAUUAUAGUAUUGGAACUAUUGACAGCUGUUA